GACAUAUAGCCAGGGGCCCGGUACAAUCCCUCUUAUUAUCACAUCUCACCGGUGAUCAGCCUGGCAAGAAAUUCUUGAGGAUGUCUACAGCCAUAUUCACGCGCGCCAUCGUCCGCCAGAUUCCUGACUCCAUUGAGGACUCAGAGGCACACGUAUAUAAUGAAAAACAUGGCCUUUCACCAGUCGAACCAAUCGACCUGGAGCAAGCACGUGAAGACCAUGCAGUGUACACGCAGACCUUGAGGGAUCUGGGGCUAGACGUGACCGUGUUGCCGGCAGACGAGUCUCUCCCCGACUGUCCCUUCGUGGAAGACAUCUGUGUGAUAGCCGGCAACAGGGCACUGCUGACUCGGCCGUUUUCAGAGACUAGAAGGGGAGAGGCCGCUGCCGUGAAGGAGGUAUUAAUUGAUCUUGGACUGGAGGUUCACCAAGUUGAUGAUGAGGAAGCCUUUUUGGAGGGCGGUAACAUCGUAUUCACUGGACAUGAGUUCUUCGUUGGUGAUUAUUCGAUCUGCGAUAUCAACCCUGGUAUCGAGUUCAUGCGGAAGACGUUCCCGGAGUAUCCGGUACACGGCAUUCCCCUUGCCGAGCCCGAGUACCACCUGAAGGGGGUCAUCUGUAUGGCAGCACCGGGAGUCAUGACUGUAUGGGAGAACGACUGGGGAUUUACCGCGUGGGAGGCCAUCCAGGAGAAGUCUAAGUUCACCUAUGAACCCAUAUGGACACCAGACUCCCGAAUUAUCGAUGACCAUACCGGCAACGUCAUCUAUUUCAACGGGAACCUCAUUCACUGUUUGGAGGAAGAAGGGCCUAAAAGUGUGAAGAUAUUUGCGGAGAAGUUACCACACCUGAACCGAGUGGAGGCGACUGUUGGUGAACUGGCGAAUGUUGACUCUGGACUGACCUGCUGUUCCAUCAUAUUCUAACCAUUAAAGCCUCCCAAUUUUAGCUCAACAACAGCAUUUUUUUGUUUUCUU